UGGCUAUGUGUAAAAAUGGCAACCUCUGUUACGAAGAUCUACUGUCGACUAACAACAAAUAAAAUAUCGCUAUUUCCUCAGUUAAAUAAUUUUCGAAUCAAGAAUAAAGCAUCGCAAUGUAUGCUAAGAAGUCAUUUUCACGAUGGCCCUGCAUUGUAUGCAACAAUAAAACUUGACAUGCCAUCUCUGUCUCCAACAAUGGAAAAAGGAAAUAUUGUCAAAUGGCACAAAAAAGAAGGGGAUACAAUUUCACCUGGUGAUGUUCUAUGUGAAGUCGAAACAGAUAAAGCUAUUGUUGCCAUGGAUACUGAGCUAGAAGGAGUACUUGCCAAAAUUCUUGUUCCUGAUAAGACUGCAGAUGUUCCUGUGGGAAGUUUGAUUGCUUUAAUGGUGGAGGAAGGUGAUGACUGGAAGAAAGUGGAGAUUCCUGCAGGGGCUGGGUUAAAAUCACCAGCAUCACCUUCCCAGUCCGCCAGUGUUUCUGCUCCAGCCUCUUCUGGUGCUAAACCUGCAGAACAUGGGCAUCUGGUUGGACCUUCAGUAAAGAAAUUGCUGCAAGAAUAUAACAUAAGCUCAGCUUCUGUAAAACCAUCUGGACCUUCUGGAGCACUUCUAAAAGGGGAUGUUUUGAACUACAUUGAAUCAAAAAACUUAAACAAAGUUCCACAAGUUGCUCCUGCAGUACCUGUUGUAGAACAAAGUCCAGCUGCUCAACCAACCACACCUCAAACCCUUACCUCAGCUGGGAACUAUGUUGAUAUUCCGUUAAGCAACAUGAGAAGAACUAUUGCUAGAAGACUUACUGAGUCAAAGUCAACUAUUCCUCAUGCUUAUGCAUCAAUUGAUUCUGACCUGGGAGCUUUAACAACACUGAGAGCAGAUUUAGCUGCCUCUGGAAUGAAAGUUUCUGUCAAUGAUUUUAUUAUUAAAGCUGCUGCUCUGACACUACAGAGGAACCCAAGGAUAAAUGCUAUUUGGGCUAAUGAUGGUCCUCAAUUGUCUUCAUCAGUUGAUAUUUCUGUAGCUGUUGCUACACCUAAUGGGCUAAUCACACCUGUAGUUAAAGGCGCCAAUUAUUUAGCUGUAAAUGAUAUAGGAAGUAUAGUAAAGGAGCUCUCUGGUAGAGCAAGAGAAGGCAAACUACAACCUCAUGAGUAUCAGGGUGGAAGCUUUAGUAUUUCCAAUCUGGGCAUGUUUGGUAUAACAGAAUUUACGGCAGUCAUCAACCCACCACAGUUAGCCAUUUUGGCAGUAGGAACCUCACGCAAACAAGCAACCAUGAAUGGCAAUGUUUUAAAAAUGACAGUAACUAUGUCUUACGACAGUCGGGCUGUCAACGAAGCUGAAGCAACACUCUUCCUAGAAGAAUUUCGUUAUAUUUUAGAGCAUCCUAAAACUAUGAUAAUGGGUUCAAAACUAGACCCUGCAAAAGAAGCUUUUGCAUUUUAAGUUAUUAAUUUGAUUUAUAAGUGAUAUUUUGUUUAACAUGUUUAGGUUAGUGCAUUUAUGUUUAUUCUGUGUUAAGUACUUGAAACUUUUAAAAUACCUCAAAGACUAAGUUAAUUAUUUUGAAAAAUUAUCUCAGAUUACACUAUUUAUCAAGUGUUUAUUAUAUAAUUAUCCCAUUGGAGUAUUUUUUUUUUGAGGGGUCUUAAAAUGAUUAAUGAACUUGUCUUGUGUAUUGCUUACUUUAAGUUGUCAAAAAACAAGUCAAACUGUGAAAGCAAUAAAAUUCUCUAGUACUCUUAAAAAAAAAGCUCCUAAUUUUAUUUUACUUUUAAUAUGUAAAUAUGUAGAAAAAAAUUGAGUAUCUUUUCAACUUACGGUUGGGAUGUUUGCAUAUCUGAUAGUACUAACAGUGUUAGCCAUUAAUACUUGCAAACUAAUACAUUUUAGUAAAAUGCAAUAGUCUUAUUUGUAGGCUACAUUCGCAUGCAUUAAAAUUUAAACAUGAUUUCAAAUUGUCUAGAAAAGCACAAACUAUAAAAAAAAAUGAUUUUUUAAAAACUGCAGUGAGAAACAAUGCAUGUGGGCUGCUGUUACAUUUAUUUAAAAAGUUGAUGUAAAAAUACAGAAAUAAACUGUUUAUAAUAUUGU